GCCCGCCGAGUCCCACAUCCACAGGCUUCUUCCGCCUGUGGUUUUUAAGGGUCCCCGCUGCGCCGUAGCGACAGGACCCAAGCCUCCGUGCAGCGGGUUCCCUUCAGUUCGAAGGGAAUUCCGCCAUUUUCCGGAGGCGCCACCCCGGAAGUCCAGCAACUUCAAACUCUUUUUACUUCAAACAGAUAACUAAAGGUAUUUAUCCAUUAAAAUUGGAUUAUAUACCUAAGCAGUUACUAUUGUUGUUUUUUACCUUUUUCUUCAGGUAAGCCUUUAUCUAUCAGAGAUGCAAACCCAUCAAAUUAUAUGUAGCUUUAAAGUACAACCCAAUACAAUUCUACUCAGAAGUGUAUCCCGGAUAACAGGGUACAAAAUUGCAGCCUUAACCUAAAUAAUUCUGUUUAAAUAGUAUAUGUGUGUGUGAUAAGCUAUUUUGAAAUUAACUGCAGCCAAAGUUUAUGUCCACUUUAAAAAAAAGUAUUUCAAGCUUCUGCUGAAUACUGAUUUAAACGUUUAGGGUUAUAUCCAACAAGGCAUACACAGAGUAGAACUACUGAAAUCAAUGGAUAAAUGCAGUUUUAUUUUCAACAUUCCCAACAAAAUUACUUUUUGGAGAAAUGGAAUCAAGCAUACACCUCAGCAUUAUACCGUAACAAAAUGUAAGGAGAUGAUAAAGUAGCAGCAAAAAAAAUUGUUAACUUUUUAUGUAAAAAUAUACUAAAUCAGGAUACAUACACAUUUGUGGCUUGAAAAGCAGUGACAUGGUUUUCUUCGCAACAUUUCCAAAUCACAUUUUUAUGUUGCUGUACACACAGGAGAGGGAGCAGGGAUGUCUUCAACCAAUGUGCAUUACCUGCUACUCCCCACCCAUUCCAAUUCAAUGAAACUUUCAUCUGCACAUGGGCCAGCCCGUCCAUGAGGACUGGUGAAGCAGUCAACCCACGUGGCAGAUCCAGCCUCUGAGGAGCAUGUCGCCCACCGCUUCCUGUGCUUGUCGGCCGCCGCCUCCUCUGCCCACAGCCUGUUCCCUCUCUGGCUUUCUUUGACUCCCCACCACCACCUUCAGCAUGCUGGGCCUUUUCCAGACCACCUCCAGUUGCCUCAGGUGGCUGCUGAAAAGUGGUGGCAGGGGGCGCUGCAGAGGAAGCAGCAGCACUUUCUAUUUUGUCUCAUGCGGCAAAAACGUCCUAGGCUGGCCCAGACAAUGGCUACCUGAAAUGAACACACCUCAGAUUAACUGCUGCUUACGUUUUCAAGUCAGGUGGAAGCUGGUUUGAGGGGAAACACAUCAAACACCAGGUAAUUCCCAAGAAGCUGGAGGAUAGAUAGGGAUUGUGGUUAGCAUCAUGUGUCCAUGGUUUCAAACCAUCAAUGCUGGGAGCACACUGAGCUGAAGUAAACAGCAAUAUGCAAAUAGCCUCAAGUAUAAGAAUAGCUUUCUUAGGCAAAGUAGAUUAUAAGCAACAUCGAGGAUAUACGCUCAAAUGCCAUAACUAGUUCUCCAUUCUUUAUCAAUUUGAUCCUACUCCAGGAAAACUACAAACAUUUACUGUGCUAACAUUUACUUGUAUUAUUUCUGUAGUGAGGUUAUUAUUUGGAAAAUGUAAGUUUUAUGCAAUUCUGUACUGUUGGUUUAUUGUAUAUGAUGUAAAUAUUUAUCUUUUUAAAAUGGCAAAUGUUUACGAUUUAUUAUUUCAUGCAGCCGAUUUAAAAAUAAAGUGUGCAUUCUCUUACAAAACCUUAUCUGUAUAUUAAUUGUGUGUGUGCCUGCUAUUAAGUGGUGGAUUGUUUUAACUUUUUUUUACUGUGCUUCAGUUUUCACUGAAAACUUUGAAACUGCUUAGCAGUCUCUACUCAACCUUUAUAUUUAUAAACAAAGACCAUAUUUCCAAUACAGUGGUACCUUGGGUUACAUACGCUUCAGGUUACAGACUCCGCUAACCCAGAAACAGUGCUUCAGGUUAAGAACUUUGCUUCAGGAUGAGAACAGAAAUCGUGCUCCGGCGGCGCAGCAGCAGCAGGAGGCCCCAUUAGCUAAAGUGGUGCUUCAAGUUAAGAACAGUUUCAGGUUAAGUACGGACCUCCGGAACAGAUUAAGUACAUAACCCGAGGUACCACUAUAAUCUCUCCUCACAAUGAAAGUGAUAUAUUUUAAACCACUGGGAGAAAUAAAAAGCUUAAAAUGCUAUACAGUCAUACCUCGGGUUACAGACGCUUCAGGUUGCGUUUUUUUUUGGGUUAUGGACCCGCCAAAACCCGGAAGUACCGAAACGAGUUACUUCCGGGUUUCGCACAUGUGCAGAACUGCUAAAUCGCACUUUGCGCAUGUGCAGAAGCGCUGAAUCGCAACCCGUGUGAUUCAUGCACAAGUGCAGAAAUCAUUGCCAGACACCAAAAGAUAUAGGUAGGUAGCCAUGUUGGUCUCCCGUAGUCGAAACAAAAUAAAAAAAUUCCUUUCAGUAGCACCUUGGAGACCAACUAAGUUUGUUAUCGGUAUGAGCUUUCGUGUGCAUGCACACUUCUUCAGAUAGAUAUAAUUCUUCAAAAGAUAUCAUUGUCUUGUGAUCAAGAUUCCUGCUGUAUUUCACUAUUAGGACUUUUUUUAUUUAAGACUUAUAAAAUGGUGACAAGUAGUUGCAUUUGUGAUAGGAAAUGAGAUUUAAAAGGAUUUUGAUGUAUUAGUGAUGAAAUGUUAUUUCUAUCUUAUUAGUUAUGCAUUGAGUACUGCUAUGUUAUUCAUAUUUACUUUUUUUCUCUCUCACCUUUCUCCCAGUAGAGGACCCAAGGCAGCUCACAGCUAAAUACAGCUAAAACAUGCACAAUCGGUAUAAUUAUUAAAAAACAAAUUUUGUUGUUGUUGUUGUUUAGACAAAUAAGUAACCCUAUUAAAAACAGCCCUGAAAGACUUCUAAACCAUUUAAAAGCACAAGUAGAUCACACACCUUCAUAAGGCCUUGCUGCAACAGCCAGUUAAUGGCCAAAGGUUUCUGAAUCAAGUUUUUGCCUGUCCACAAAAGGAAAGAGCCAACCUAGCCCUCUGUGGCAAUGAGUUCCACAAUGAGAGCAGUCACUGAAAAGGUCUACUUAGCAUGCCUGUGAAGGUGGCAAGACAUGGGAGUAAGGCCUCUCAAUAAUAUCUCGAAGUCUGAGUAGAGUCCUAUAGGGAGAUGAACCCAAUUCUCCAGAGACUUUUUUAUGUAGUUGAAGCAUUUUAUAAACAUCUAACUGGAAGCCUCAGGAAACAGCAGGAUUUACUUCCACAUAAUUUUUUGCUGGGGCAAACUGCAUAUUUUACCAGAGGCAUGGUCCUUCCCUUUCUUUGCACACAAUAUACUCACAUUCAUUUAUUACAGGAAGCAAUCUGCCCGACAUGUUUAAGAACAGAUGAUGCCACCUCAACAGUUUUUAAAAAACGCAACUCCAAACAAGUUGCCGUUCGACCCUUACUGCGCUAAACAGUGGUAAUGAAAAGUGGGGAAAUGGUGUGCUUUCAGUGAAUAAUUAUGGGCGAAAAGCCUACGCUGCGGUGGCAGCUUUGAACACACAAGACUCGUACUUUUUGUGCGGCAUCGAAGAUGAAGAGGGACAUCUAGCAACACAAGAUUCCUCACUGAUGCUUCCUUGGAUCUCAAGCGCGCUCUGCAACAUCCUCGCCAAACAGCGAUCUGAAGCAGCUUGCGAAAGAGUACAGCCGUGUUGUAACACCAGGUCCAAAGAAGCACCACUGCACAGUAUUUUCCCAAAGAGCCCCGCCCCUUUCUGUUUGGGCAGGUAUUCCUUGGCAGAGAGCUUUCUUUUAGGUUAAAGUCACCGCUGCGAAGCAAGAAUUAGAAGAAAUCGCGAAGAAUUCGGGAGCGGGAGGCGCUGGGAACCUUCAGAGGUAGGAAGAGGGUUAGUGGGUUAUUUCGAAAGGGUGUCCCGAUGGCUCCAAAACUGACCCGCAGCCGAUCCAAACGAAGAGCAAGGCUAAAAAGCCCCGCUGCUGCUGCUACAGCUGCCAGCAUCGCUGCUCCCUUUCGGCGACCCGGCCCCCUUGGCGGCUCUUCCCUGAGGCACCAGGAGAGCGCCGUCGACGCCAGGGCUGGCGGCGGGGGCGCUCGGAGGACCGCGCUGUCGUGGCUCCUCCUAGAGGUGGUAUGUGGAGAAGGACCCCCCUUCCCCUCCCUACCACCGGCCUCCAGAGCUGCCGCCAUUGAAACCAUACAAUAAAAGCGACGGAAGGGAAAGGAGGAAGCGCGACGCGGGCAUUGCGGCGGCGCCGGAGCGGAGGCGGCAGCAGGCGGGCAGGUGACCGGGAAGGCUCGGGGCGGGGGGAAAGGCUGCUCGGUUAAUGCACCCCCGGAGGACAAGCCGUUGGGGCCCGCAGGGGAGGGUGGGGAAGGAGGAGGCCUGUCGCCGUCGCUGGCCGCCCCCGCCCCUCACCCAAAGCGCCGCCGCGGGAAGGGAAGCGGCCCCCGAAAGCAGCCGCAGCCUCCCGCCCCCCCAUCCCCACGCAUGGAGGCGAUGCGGGGAGAGGCGCGGCAUCCCCGGUAGGGAGCAACGCGAGGGGAAGAGAGAAAAGGCGGCAGAGCGAGCCGUUGAAACAGAAAAAAGCGGGAGUGGCGGCGCCUCAGCGCGCGAGAUGAGAAUCUCUUCCCGCUGAGGCUGCGGCGCUUUUCCCGCUCCCGUUUUGUCCUCCUCAGAGGUCAAGAAAAUGCCGCCGAGUGGCGUGAAGGGGGGGAAGGCGCCGCCGCCCUCUGCGCUGUUUCUCUCUAACCCCCCCCCCCAUUUCUCUCGGGGGGCGCGAUUCCCUCUCUCCCUCCCCACCGCACGGCUUUCCCAAGGGGGAGUGAGGUGAGGAGAGGUCACUUCCCCGGCGCUUCCCUUUCCGGGGCGCCCUUUCAACGAGAGCCGGUUAACGGCAUCUCAACCACUCCCCUCCCCCCCCCCCCGCUCAUCUCGGGCCACAAGCAGAACGAGGAGAGAGGCGGGAAUUUGACGAGAGAGCCUAGAGAUAGACGCCUCCCCCACCCGCCCCGCCAGAGGCUAGGAGGACGGGAAUUGCGCGGGAAAGGGAACGGCGUUGGUUUCCCAGAGUUCCCUGCGCCCGACUGGCGGCUCGCGCAUAAGCGCACGCUCUCCAUCCUGCCUCUUUAAACGCUGUCCCCCUCACGCCCACCCACACACCCUCUUUAAGAAAAAACUGCCAGCCCGCGUCUUUCAACCGUCCGACCUAUGAGCGCGUGCCCUAAAGAACGUUAGGCGGGGCGGGUCCCUCAGUGCGCGCGCGCCCCGCCCCCGACUCCGUAUUAGCUGCAUCUUCCUCCACGUUCUCGCUCGCUACGUAAAUAAGUUUUAAUGCUUUGGCGGUUUGAAUUUGAAAGAAACAGAAAGGUUCCUGCUUGAAUUUAAAGGCCAGCCCCUUUAAAGAGUGGGGCGUUCUUAUAUGAGGACGAGCAAUGUCACACCUCCCUCUUCUGAGAGGGAAUGUUAUGGAUGGAGGAAACGGCCGCGGAGCAUGCGCAGUGCGUUUCUUUUUAUGAAGCGCUGUGUGUGAGUUGCGAGGUCUUGAGGUUUCUUGUUUUGUUUUUCCAAAUGGUUGUCUACCUCUUUUUACAUUUUCUCUUAUUCUCCCACGGAGCCCCUCAAUCGAUCACUACUGCCAUAAUAAAAAAAGAACACAUAUCAUGGUUAUAUCAGCCACUUUGAAACCCCGCCUGUUGACAGGGAUGUAAAUGUUUUAGAUAAAUAAUAGCUAUAUAUUCUGCAUCAUGCCAGAAGAUUCAAUGGAAAUAAUGAAGUUGCCACAUAAUUUGAGCAAUCUGAUCUCCCUAUCAUUUAGGCCCAGUUUCCACUGAAUUGGGAUGCGGGUGGCACUGUGGGUUAAACCACAGAGCCUAGGGCUUGUCGUUCAGAAGGUCGGCGGUUCAAAUCGUUCAGAAGGUCGGCGGUUCAAAUCCCCGCAACGGGGUGAGCUCCUGUUGCUCAGUCCCAGCUCCUGCCAAGCUAGCAGUUUGAAAGCACGUCAAAGUGCAAGUAGAUAAAUAGGUACCGCUCCGACGGGAAGGUAAAUGGUGUUUCCAUGCGCUGCUCUGGUUCGCCAGAAGUGGCUUAGUCAUGACCCAGAAGCUGUACGCCGGCUCCCUCGGCCAGUAAAGCGAGAUGAGCGCCGCAAUCCCAGAGUUGGCGACGACUGGACCUAAUGGUCAGGGAUCACUUUACCUUUACCUUACCCACUGAAUUGGUAGUCUGGUGAUUCCCUUCUCCCUAUCAUCUAGUCUAGUGUAUAUACUUUUCUGUAUGGGGAACAUUAAAUCAUGGAUAUCUCCCCCUGCGAGCAGAAGUGCUGCAACCACUUAUAAUGCUCUAUUUCUUAACUUUUCAUUCUUGUUUUUUUUAUUUGUAUUUGUGGUUUUACAUAUUUAGGUAAUAUUUGUGUGUUUUUCCAGUGCACUGCUUAGAAAUAUUUUGUAUAUUAAGCAGUAUAGAAAUGGUGUUAAAUGCAUUUUUUUUUUUAAGAAAAGAAAAAUCAGAAGUGCCCUUUAUGUGCUUAGGAAACAAGUGAGAAGGAGAAGCAGUGUCUGCUGGCCUUGCCCACAAUCUGUACACCUUCGGUUGAAGGUUUGGUUUGCUAUAUAUUUGGGAGCCCUAAGCUUCCAAACCUUAUACUGAAUGUAUGAAGGUGAUGGAUGAGAAGUCAGUAGGCAAACUGGAGGUGGGAUGAGAAGUCAGUAGGCAAACUGGAGGUGGGAUGAGAAGUCAGUAGGCAAACUGGAGGUGGGACCAGUGGGCUCCACGCCCUCCUCUCCCCUGAUUCCCUGAAUGCAUGGAGAGCAUUUCUGAACAGGGCUCACAUCACCUAGAUAACACUAGAAUUAGGUCGCCCUAUCUCAGAAAUACAAGUAGACAUGCAGCUUUCUACACAAAUGCAAAAUAUUGUGUAUACUAACAUCAGGAAUCUAUCCACAGACAACACUUCUACCUUCUGGGGUUUUCACUUUUCCUAUGUUUCUGUAUCUUAAAGAACUACAAGUCUGACAGGAAUUGCAUUAAACAGGUGUAGUUUACUUUAUUGUUUUAUCCUCAUUCUGAGAAUGCUGCAGCUGUUUGAAUUUCAGCAUAUAAUUUGGUACGGGCAAAUCCUAUUUUGUGCACAUUUGAUGCACAUAGGACCGUGCACACACUUGCCAGGUUUGGUACCAGAAGAGGGCAGAAUGAGCUUACACGCAGUCCACUGACUGCGCACAAUGACCUGGGACGUAACCCCCGCAUAAAUGGGUUGCCUUCAUUGAAGGCAGAGAGCCUCUGCCAGGGGAAAAGGUUGCCAUCCUAUUUCCCUUCACAUAGGCACACAAAAGCUACACAGCACAAACAAAUAACAGUAUAAUGAUGCAUUUAACUAAGCCUAAGUACAUGUAACUGAAAUAAUUGCAGUUAAUUGCCCUUUUUAUCACUGCUCCAUUUUCCUCCCCUUUGUUGUCUCCUGUGUGCCUCUUUCACUUUGUAAAAUGCCAAGCACACAAUGGGCAUUAUGUACAGAAUCGGGUGUGGGGCUGUGGCCUAGUUUCUGAGCAAAUACAGGCUAUUUUACCAGAUGUGUGUAAGCCAGGUACAUCUCCAUAGUUAGAUCACAACCCUGAGAUCCAUUUAUCUCUAUGCUAGGACAAGUUUCAUCUGUGUAUGAGGCUUCCAGGUUAAAAGCCGCAAAUCAGGUCAAAUAAAAAAUGGAAAUUACUUAUAUAUUACUUAUUACCUAUAAGAUAUUGUCAGGGGUUCAGGGAGAGAGGCACAGGGUAGGCAGGAGAUGGAGAGCGAUGGGGAGGAAUUCCAAGCCAGCGAGGAAGAGGAUGACAAUGACUCAAGAGAUUCCAUGAGUCUUUCCAGCGAAUCAGAGGAUUCCCAGAAGGGGCGCCGGUGGUCAAGGCCAGGGAGCCCCAGGGGAACUGUCAGGAGCAGGGUGCCAGCGGAGGAUCCCAAAGUGGCAGCUGGGCGUCAGGACCAGCCUCCCCACCAGAGUGCAGCGAAGGGGGUGGAGUUUCCAGUGUGUCAGAGGAAGCAGCUCCAGCAGCAGAGAAAGGAGGGGGUCAGAGCAAGCCGCCCUCCCGGAAGGGGAGGAGCAGUGAAGGGAGUAGUGUAACUGUCAAAAGGAAAGUUAGAGGUUUGGCGCGCGCGCCUAGUUCAAAUGUAGAGGCGCGCGGAAGUGCAGGGAGCCCGGAGGAGGGGCCAGGUCCCAAAGCCCGCAGGAGGGGGGAAGAGCAGUCUGGGGAUUCCGCGUCAGAGGAAUCCAGGAGGGCGAAACCCCAGUGGGCAGAAGGACCCUGCGGAAAAGGAAGGAGAGAAAGAGGUGGAGCAGCGCAAGUCUCUUGAAUUGGUGCAGGGGAGGAACUGACUCAGAGGGGACUUCGGCGGUCUAGCGUAAGAGACGUAAGGCUGCGCGCCUAGGAUGUCAAGCAAACCAUGAACUGCAAUAAACACUUUUGUAUAUAAGAAGACAGAGGCGUUGGUCUUUUGUGAGCUAAGACUUGAGGCAGCCUUGACAGAUAUAUAUAUGCCUUUGUGGCCAUAUGGAAUCAAAAUAUAGUGUAUUCCGAUGCAAUGGAGGAUACAGCUUCCGUAUUUUUCAUAGUUGUGUAGCAAAGACAAUUUCAACAGGUACAAUUAUGCUCACUCCUUGACAAAGCUGUGCCUUUCAGAAAUUUUCACUUUACGCAAUUUUUAAAAGUAUAGAAGCCUAUUUUUAGUUUGCAUUGGAACAGCCUAGGAUAAUAUGAGAGGCUAUUACAUGAACAGGUUUGGUUGUAAUAGGAGAAAUUGAAUCAGACAAAUGGGACCUAUAUCCAGUGUUGCAGUGCGGAGUGCUCUUGCUCACUGUUCCAGUCAGUACCCUUCCUCCAGGAUACUCUAUUCCAUUUCCCCACAUGGUUCUCCAGAUCCCCCGGGCAAAUCAGUGUUUCGUGGUCACAGUCUUCACCCUGUUUUUGAGGUGUGUCUCACACAGGUUUUUUUCUCUCUCAAUUUAUUUUUGUACUGUACUUCUGCGACAUGGGGUUCCUUCACACCUGUUCAUAACAUCAUAUGUGUGUGUGAUAAAGGUCUUGCUGCCUGAGCACUGACACUCACAUGAACAUCAGACGAAGAAACUGGCUAUGAAACUUUGUUUCAGAUGUAUCAUGGGUGUUGGCAGCUGUGCCAUGUUAGUUGUUCACGUUGUGGACUAGUUGGUACAAUAUUGAAAGUAUUGUUUGCAUACCAAUUACAUUACUUUAGGUCAUUUAUGUUUUGCAGUUUGUUAAGGGUUGCUGGGAAUUCUAAUUUUGUUGGGGGUAAACUACAAGGCCCAGAAUUCUUUGCAGGGGAAUGUGUUCUGAACGUAUAGCAUAGCCAGGUAUAGUGUGUACACAGCCUUAAAUCUUGCUCCCCUACAUUUUAAAAAAAAUCCAGCUCCUAUUAUAUCACACCCAAUAUAAAUCCUUGUUUCACCCUUUGUAUGUUUUAUAUUAGGACAAGCAAAUAAGAAUAAUCUGCCAGAAGACUGAAAAACACAGAGCGACAACAUGUCGGCCCGAGGUGGAAAGAAAAAAAUGACCAAAAUGUCUCGCUCUAGCAGAGCAGGCGUUAUUUUUCCAGUGGGCAGAAUGAUGCGAUACUUAAAGAAAGGAACAUACAAAUUCCGGAUAGGAGUGGGAGCUCCUGUCUACAUGGCAGCUGUCAUAGAAUAUCUAGCAGGUAAGAAUUAAAUUGUUUUAAUUAAAUUAAUGAAGUGGCAAGGCCAAGUGCUUUCACAACACUUCUGGAAAUGAGGCUGUAUAAUGGUAAAGAAAUCAUUUGCUCGUUUGAUGUUGUUGAGUUCAAGCUUUUAACAGAGCAGUGGGAAUAGUAGACAUCCGAUCAUGCAUGCUUUAUCCCAAGUGGGAAAGCUUUUCUUUUUUGUAAGAAGCUUUGGGCACUAUAUAAUUGAAAAGCAGGAUAUAAAUAGAAAUCGUCAAAUAAUAAUGCAAUCCUAAUCCCUCAAUUAUGGCUGGAGGGGUCAGGAUGGCACACUGUUUGCCUCUUUGCCAGCAGAGAGAAGUACUGCCAGUGGAGAGGGUUCCACUGUGCUGGAAGGCCCAGGUGGGCAGAAAGCUCUUGCCAGUUCUCCUGCUAGUGGGAUCAGGAAGAAAGCUCUGAAAUGGUGCCUUUAGGAGCAGGGUGCUAGCAGCCUGGAACUGGUAUAGUGAAAAGAAAGACUGGAAGCCACCCCCCUGCACUGCAAGCUGGCAACGCUCGGAAUGUGCUGCUCUGCUCCACCCCCAUUUAGUAAAUUCAGUAAAUCAUUAAAAGCAAAGGUAUUGAAAUGCACACAUCCCAGGCUUUUUUCCAUUUCAAGGAAGGACCUAGAAUUUUACAGAUCUAGGAAAUGAAACCGUGAGGUGGUUCACAGAUGGCUUAAAUGUGUAAAUUAUUUAUAUAGUGAGUCCCAGGAACAGACGUAUCUUGUUACUGACAUGUAUCCCAAUGUAUUUGUAGCAGAAAUAUUGGAAUUGGCUGGUAAUGCUGCAAGGGACAACAAAAAGGGAAGAAUUGCUCCAAGACACAUCCUUCUGGCAGUUGCUAAUGAUGAGGAGCUGAAUCAGGUAUACUUUACAAACAGUUUACAGAAGAUAAUUGCAUUGGAUAACUGUUAAUUACCGUUGUAGUGCUGUAGUUCAACACUACUAGGGGAAAAAAUGUUGAAAAACCAAGAUCUCAUGGUUUCUUACAGUUUUUUUCUGAAUUUGCCAAACAAGGUGUUGCAUGGUGUCAGGGAACUGCCAUCAGUGCCGGAGGGGGAGAGCAAAAUCCAGAGGGAUUCCGGACAGCGUCCUGGGAUUGGGAGAGGCAGCCCAUCUUCUGGGGAAGAGAAUCAGCGUAGCACCAGUGGAGAAGGGGGGCAGAUGGGGGAAGCAGCGAGGCGGUCCCAUGGCGGUCCUCCGCUGCCUACGCCCUCCUUGCGCAGAAGGCUUUCGCGCAGAGAGUGUAGGAGGAGACUAGGCGUCAAAGAGCUUCUUUGCUGGAAGAAGUUUAAGAAAUGCCCACUGACGGAUUCUGCCAGCAAUUGAGACAGCCACGGGUGAGUGGCUGUCCGGACAGAAAAGGUUCACUCAGGCAACCCAGCCAGGUGUUUGCACCGGCUUACGCACGAGCAACCCCUAGAACCACUACACAUGGCUUGCAGUUAUUCUUCAUUAACAUGUUUGCUGUUCUUUGUUUAAAAGUUUCAAGGGUGGUGGGGGAGAGAGAAAGUGAAAAAAUAAACAUUAAGGAUGGAAGUGUUUAGAGUCAAUUUAAAGCAUUCUUAUCAACCUGCUCUGCAUGGGGCAGCUCUACAGUCAUGUGCUUCUGAUUUGAAUAGUACAUUUUUAUUAACUAAUAUUCAGUAGUUAGACAUGCUGCCCCAGCACAUAAAUGUUUAAGAAAGGGUAUACUAACAGCUAUACUGUUAUAAUGCCACAAAAUGCAAUCACCUAAACUUCAAUCCCAUACCUACUUACCUGGGAGUAAACUCCAUUGAGCUUGGUCCAAGUUUAACUGCUGGAGGUUUGUGCUGUUGCUUUCCAGCUGUUCUGUUUCAACCAUGACUGCCAUGGUUUGACACCACUCUGAAAUCUAUACAGAGCAGUGUGCAAAUAUUUCAAUGAAUCAGAUUGAUUUAGAGGCUGGGGGGCAUUCCUCGCUCUUCUCUCCCCUCCUUUUUGCAUGAUUCAUGUGGAUGAAAGCUGAAGCUCAAGACAGGUGUCACAAAGAGUAGCCUAUCAGAUUGAGAUGUGCUCCUUUAUACAGUGGUACCUCUGGAUACGAAGGGGAUCUGUUUCGGAGCCCCGUUCGCAUCCUGAAGUAAACGUAAGACGUGACUGUUUGUGUGCGGGUCACAUUUCACUGCUUCCGUGCAUGCGGGUGACGUCAUUUUGAGCGUCUGCGCAUGCGUGAGCGACGAAACCCAAAAGUAACGCGCUUUGUUACUUCCGGGUCGCCGCGGAGUGCAACCUGAAAAUAUUCAUCCCGAACCUACUUCAACCUGAGGUAUGACUGUAUCUUUGACAUCCAUAAACUAUGGUACUACCAAAAUUAUGACGUACCCAAUAGAACAGGCUUCCUCAACCUCGGCCCUCCAGAUGUUUUGAGACUACAAUUCCCAUCAUCCCUGACUACUGGUCCUGCUAACUAGGGAUCAUGGGAGUUGUAGGCCAAAAACAUCUGGAGGGCCAAGUUUGAGGAAGCCUGCAAUAGAACAUACCUUUAUAAGACCCAACCAAAACGUAACAUAAAAGUGAAUAAACUUCUCUAUAUCUCCUCAGUUGCUGGAUAUACUAUACUGCACUGAAAUGUUUAAAUAUUUUAUUGUUCUUGAAUGUUUCUGCCACACUUGCCACGAUGUCCUGCCACAUCAGUGUGGUGUGCCGCACCCUUUGAGAACCACUGUGGUAGAUUGUUAAAAGGGAUGGGAAAGUGUGAGAGAGAAAGUUAAGGAAUGAGAGGAGUGGGAGGAGACAAUGGGCAUGGGCAUUGCAGAAAGGAUUGAUGAUGGUUCAGUGUUUAUGCAUGUGUUCAGAGGCAGCCCACUCCUGAGUGUUAAGUUUGUGGGAGGGCAAAAGUCUGCAGUAGUUCAGUGAUGAGGAGCUCAUACUCUUCAUGAUCUCAGAGGUGCCUUUAUUCCCAGAACUCUGGCCCAACAUUGAAAGUAGACUCCUGAGUUGCCCUAGUGAGGUCUUGGCAUAAUUUACAUUAGAGGAAAUUGGGGCGAAUAGGAAGGGAAGCAGGGGUUGGUUUUCCCAGAUUGGGGAAGGAACACGAGAAGUGGGAUGAAAUAGUACACUCUCUGGGUGAAGUUUGCAGCAAUGGAGAGGGAUACUUAACUAUUAUAGAGAGAAGUGCUAGUAGUUUAAUCUCUGUGGGAACUAGGCCACCACACUGCAAACGCUACAUUUUUAACCGGGGCAGGGAGGCUACAAUUGCUUAAUGUUUUAUUUUUCUAGAAUUCUUACUAUAAAUUCAUUCACUUAUCUUGGGCUGGGCAUUUACUACUGUGCCUCUGUGUUCUUCGACUGUUAAAGUGGAUCAGUGUUCUGUGGUUUAAAUGCAAUAUACAGUGGUGCCUCGCAAGACGAAAUUAAUUCGUUCUGCGAGUUUUUUCGUCUUGCGAAUUUUUUGUCUUGCGAAGCACGGUUUCCCAUAGGAAUGCAUUGAAAAUCAAUUAAUGCGUUCCUAUGGUCAAAAAAAGUCCAAACAAAGCCAAAUUUGGUACAAAAAGAGUUUAUUAAGUGCUCUUUAAAGUCACACAUACUGUAAAGAGCAUUUCAAAAAUUGAAGGAACAAUAAUUUAAGUUUCUAAACAUGACAGAAAAGCAUUUAAAAAUCACCAAAGUGUACUGUACAUACAUUUUCUAAGACUCUGGGGGAAAGCUCGAAGAAGGUUCCUCUUCCACUCUUUGCUUCUUGCUGAAGAACCUGUCCAUGGUCUGCUGCUUCAUCCGCCUUUUCAGCACCUCCCUGAAAGACGACAUGACCCUCGUAUCAAAAGUGUUCGCAAGGUCACGUGUCAGGUCCUUGUCAGGGUGGUGCCGCUGUGCAAAAGCCUGCACAUCUUUCCACUUCUGGCAAAUGUCCCUCAGUUCUUUGGAGGACAGCCAUUCCUCAGUUUCUUCCUCCUCUUCCAGCGAGGCCUGACCCAGUCCACAAACAGCACACGUGUGACCCAAGUCUUACUGUUGGAUCGCCACAUGACACUCAGCUGCUCCUUGUCGACCUUGUGUUUCUUGAAGGCCCGUGGGCUCUCCGAGUGGUACACCAGCAGGGGCUUGAUCUUCAGGUCGCCACUUGCAUUGGCACAGAAGAGCAGGGUCAGACGGUCCUUCAUGGGCUUGUGGCCAGGCAACUUGGCCUCCUCCUGAGUGAUGAAAGUCCUUUUGGGCAUCCUCUUCCAAAACAGCCCGGUCUCGUCGCAGUUGAAGACCUGCUGUGGAACGUAGCCCUCCGUCGUCACAACCUCCAGGAACUCCGCUGCAAAGUCUUCAGCCGCAGGAACAUCAGAACUGGCAGCCUCUCCAUGCCUGACCACGCUGUGGAUUCCAGAUCUCAUCUUGAACCGGUCAAACCAGCCUCUGCUUGCCUUGAAGACUUCUGGCUCGCCUGAGGUUCCUGGCUGUUGCCGGACGAGGUCUGCGUGCAAGGCCUUGGCCUUCUCACAAAUGACGGCCUCAGUCACUGUGUCCCCUGCACGCUGCUUCUCUUCUAACCAGAUGAGCAGCAACUUCUCCACCUUCUCCAGAACAGCUGGGCGGUUCUUCACGAUCCUGGUGACUCCCUUGGCUACAUCAGUCGCAAGGAUCUUCUCCCUCAUCUUCAGGAUGGUCCCGAUGGUCGAUGGAUUCCUCCCGUACUCUCUGGCGAAGUCUGUCACACGCAUUCCACCGUCGUGCUUCUGGAUGAUCUCCUUCAUUUCCAGCGUAACCUUCUCCUUCCUCUCGCCGGCCUCUGCAACAGCAGUCUUCUUGGGCCCCAUGGCAGCACAGCUCCUACCCUAACCCCCCAAAAAUCAGUGCUUCACAUCCAAAAAAUUCAAAAGCGCCAAACCUCCCAGAAAACACACAAGCUUCCAGAUUCUUGCAAACCCCUUCUCAACAAUUCCCUGACCCCCCCAGCCACCCACCACACAGAAAUCCAAACCCAGAAAUCUUUUUUUUUUAACAACAGCAGAGUGCCCCAAUGGUCACAAAAAAUCAGAAAAAUGCAGAAAAAAAAACCACAAGCUUCCAGAUUCUUGCAAACCCCUCCCCAACACCAAGUCCUUGAAUUCCAAACACCCCAACCCAAAAUCCAAAAACCCCCCAAAAAGUCUUCAAAAACCUCAAAAAAGGCUACCACACCGCGUGCUAUGAGUUGCUCCUCGAAGUCAAGUCGCAACUGCACCUCUUCAAGCAAUGCACCCUGGGUAUUAACGGUUUUAAGAAAAAGGAAACAACUUGCAAGACGUUUUUGUCUUGCGAUGCAAGCCCAUAGGGAAAUUCGUCUUGCGAAGCAACUCAAAAAACGAAAAACUCUUUCGUCUUGCGAGUUUUUCGUCUUGCGAGGCACCACUGUAGUAGUGUUGUCUUUACUUGCUGGAUAGCUUGUGGGUUGCCUCACUAGUUUUGUCUUUUUUUUUUUUUUAAUAAAAUAUUUAUUAGGAUUUUACAAUAAACAUAGGUUUAAAAAAGUAAGAAAAUUAAACCGAAGAUUACACAUGAACAGAAAAAGAAAAAAGAUAACAAGAAUAAUACCAAAAAAAGGAAAGAAACAAGGACCUAAAAGAGAAAAGGGAAAAUACAAAAUACAAAAAACAGAUGGCUAAAAAAGAAAAAGAGAGGGGGGAAAAAUUUGAAAAAGAAAAAAUCCAUUUUUCAAUAUCUUUAGGCUCAUUUACUUAUUUCCUUGACCUCCUCACACCUCCCCUUUUUGUAUUCCCGUUUACAAAAUCCUUUCAGCAAAUCCUUACCCUCUUCCAUUUAUCUUUACUCUAUAUCUUAACCUAUUAUAACUAUAUAUUUUCAUCCAUAUAACAAUCUAUAUUUGCAUGUUCUUAUUAACCUUAUUACCAAAACCACUUAUUUCCAUUCCAACAUCAUUUUAACAUUCAUUAAUUUUACAGUAUUUCUGCAAAUAGUCUUUAAAUUUCUUCCAAUCUUCUUCCACCGACUCUUCUCCCUAGUCACGUAUUUUGCCAGUCAUUUCCGCCAAUUCCAUAUAGUCCAUCACCUUCAUCUGCCACUCUUCCAGGGUGGGUAAAUCUUGUAUCUUCCAAUACUUUGCAAUAAGUAUUCUUGCUGCUGUUGUUGCAUACAUAAAGAAAGUUCUAUCCUUCUUUGGCACCAAUUGGCCGACUAUGCCCAGGAGAAAGGCCUCUGGUUUCUUCAAGAAAGUGUAUUUAAAUACCUUUUUUAAUUCAUUAUAAAUCAAAUCAAGAAAGCCUUAAUCCUUGGACACGUCCACCAAAGGUGAAAGAAUGUACCUUCAGUUUCUUUACAUUUCCAACAUUUAUUGUCGGGCAAGUGAUAGAUUUUUGCAAGCUUGACUGGGGUCAUGUACCAUCUGUAUAUCAUUUUCAUAAUAUUCUCUCUUAAAGCAUUACCUGCCGUAAAUUUUAUACCUGUGGUCCACAACUGUUCCCAGUCAGCAAACAUAAUGUUAUGUCCAACGUCCUGUGCCCAUUUAAUCAUAGCAGAUUUAACCGUCUCGUCCUGAGUGUUCCAUUUUAACAGCAAGUUAUACAUUCUUGAAAGUAUCUUUGUUUUAGGAUCUAACAGUUCUGUUUCCAACUUUGAUUUUUCCACCUGGAAGCCAAUUUUUAUCUAAAUUAUAAGCCUCUCUUAUUUGAUAAUAAUGAAGCCAGUCUCGCACUUUAUCUUUUAGUUUCUCAAAACUCUGCAAUUUCAAUUUGUCUCCUUCUUGCUCCAAGAUUUCCCAAUAUUUCGGCCACUUGGCCUCCAUAUUGAGCUUUUUCAGGGCCUUUGCCUCCAUCGGUGACAACCACCUUGGGGUUUUGUUUUCAAGUAAGUCUUUAUAUCUUGUCCAGACAUUAAACAAUGCUUUUCUGACAAUAUGGUUUUUAAAUGCUUUAUGUGCUUUAACCUUGUCGUACCAUAAGUAUGCAUGCCACCCAAAAACAUUAUUGAAACCUUCUAGAUCCAAAAUGUCUGUGUUCUCAAGAAGCAGCCAAUCUUUCAACCAGCAGAAUGCUGCUGAUUCAUAAUAAAGUUUAAAGUCUGGCAGGGCAAAUCCCCUCGUUCCUUUGCAUCAGUUAAUAUUUUAAGUUUUAUUCUGGGCUUCUUGCCCUGCCAGACAAAUCUAGAAAUAUCUCUCUGCCACCUCUUGAAACAAUCCAUUUUGUCCAGAAUUUGUAGUGAUUGAAACAAAAACAGCAUUCUUGGCAAUACAUUCAUCUUUAUAGCAGCAAUUCGACCCAACAAGGAAAGCUUCAAAUUUGACCAUAUUUCUAAAUCCUUUUUCACUUCCGACCAACAUUUUUCAUAAUUGUCUUUAAAUAAGUUCCCAUUUUUAGCUGUCAUAUUAAUCCCCAAGUAUUUCACCUUCUUAACCACUGUUAAACCUGUCUCUCACUAGUUUUGUCAACUUAAGCCUUCUGCUUAGCUCCCAGUUUCUACUUUCUUUUUUUUUAAGAAUAAUUUUUUAUUAACUGACCAAUCACAUCAAAUCAAACCAAAUUACAUAAAUUCCAAAUUACACAGCCAAAUUUUAAAUUUUUGUUGGGGGUACCCUUAUUUCAAGUUCUGAAGGGGAUCCAAUCAACUUCUUGCUUCUUACUGCUGUUUUAAGGUCCACAAAUCUAACCUUAUGAUGUUCACAGUACUAUCCAGUCCUUUCUUCUUGUUUUUCCACAUCUCUUACUGUUAUUUUCAUAUAUUUUUCCUUUCUCUUUGUGACCUCUGAUAGGCUCUACAAGCUGGUUAGACAUUUUGUAAUCCUGCGUGGAUGAUAUUAUUUUUUAUCCAGUAGCCAUAUCCAGACGUUUUCCAUGUAACAUCACUUCCAUACAUCAAAACAGUCUUAGCAUCAUUAAUCUUCACCAAUCUGCCUCCUUUCUCAAAACCUCUGAGGAGAUUCACCAAGAAUGCAGUCUGUAAACAAGUCCGUUCCUUCUCUCGGCUAUAAAUCCUUUGGCAAGAUGGCGAUUCCGAAUUAAUUGCUGCGCCAUUCCAAAAGCUCUUAUUGCUUCUCAAUCUCCAUAAAGCAUACUUUUGGUUAAAGUUUAUCUCCACACAGACCUUAAUCAUCCUGCUUGGGUCAGUUCAACUGACGAUUCUAAUGAGGAGGGGUUCUUGUAAAUCACAUAGAAGGAAAGUAAAAAAGGUCCCGUCCCCCCAUUCAGUCCCGUUGUCAACAUACCCAGCCUUUGGUGUAUCUUCAUCGUAACAUAUUCCUGUUUCUCCAACCUGUCGUCUUCUUUCGCAGAGGUCACUUAAAUUAGCAGACUUCACUCCCCUUCUUCACUUGAAAUAUGUGCAUUUGCUUCUUUUGUAAUUAAUUAUUCCAAAUUGCUGCAGCUAGUGCGCGAUCAGAGACAGCGUCCAGGAGAGCCGAGGUCCACACAGGGGCAUUCUGCCUAGGGCCCUCACCCCCUUCUUUCGAAUUAGGGGGUGAUUUAUGGGCACAGCAGGCAAGGGCAGUGUUCCCCAUUUCCUUGGGGCAAAAAAGGAGGCUGCCUACUCCCAUAACAGCCUCUUAAUUACCCCGUGUGGGUCGGAGAGAUGGUAUUGUCAGCCAUCUUCCAAUGCGCCCCCUAGUGGCCCCCCCCCCCAGUUUCUACUUUUGGCAGAUUGAGUCUGAAUUGUGUUGGCCGCAGCGUUAUGUAGCCAGGCAUGCUGCUGAGGUGCCAGACUCCACUCCAGAAAUACUUGGACAUGCACAAAAGAGUGGCUCAGUUCUCAUCCAUGAAAUAUUGGAGAAUGUUAUAACAGCAUAAACGAGUAUAUUGUCACCAAAGCUCAUGGGCCUUCAGUAUCAGCAAUCUGAUCUAUAAAUUGUGUCUUCCUUUUUGUAUUAAAUGUAGGAAGUAUAACUGAAUUUAUUAUUUUUAUUUUGCUUAUUUUUAUUUUUAUUUUUUAAGCAUGAAAGCAGAGCUGCAUAUUUGGAGUUUUUCCAUUUUGUACAGUGAAUUGUUUGUAAAAACAACAAGCAAAUCUAUCAAAGUGAAUGAGUACCCUCAAGAGAACUUGUAUUCAGGUAUGUCCUGUCUCUGUACACUGCUUCUUUCUGCAGUUGCUAAAAGGAGUGACCAUUGCAAGUGGAGGUGUCCUGCCCAGGAUUCAUCCAGAGCUUCUUGCCAAAAAACGAGGCACCAAAAGCAAAUCGGAUACUAUCCUUUCACCUUCUCCAGAGAAGAGAGGGAGGAAAUAUUUGGGGACCAAGAAGACUGGAAAGAAAACAAAGGCUGCAAAAGCCCGGGCACCCAAAAAGGUAAGCAAAACUUGGACCAAGCAGCUCUAUUUGGAAAACAGGCUAUGCUAUCCCUCUUAGGAUCGGUCUCAUUGCCUCAUUAUAAUGUCUUUCUUUGUGGUCAGGUUCAUUUCAGAGGGUGCUCAUUAUUAAUAGCCCCAGUAUAUACUAUGCAAGAGCAAAGUAGAACUUCUUGUAAGAUAACUUUCUCUGUAAGUUAUUUUAAAGGAGUAACUCAAGCUUUUCAGGAGUUUGGCUGCCAUAUAGGGUUGUAAUGUAUAAGAGGGGGGGGACCCUUACAUAUAAUGCUAUCCUUAACACUUAAUAGUAUAAAGAGGGAAUAGACUACACCAUUUUGGGGGGGAAAUAAUUUGGAAAUUAGUCUCAUUGGAUUAUAUCCAAAGGUUCCCUUCCUCCAAAGGAAGCUCCUUCCAUCUAAGAAAGUGAACCUUUGGGUGACUUCGAGUUUAUUUCCAAGUAGUUAUGCUUAGGACCACAGUCUUGGUGUUCUUGGUUUUUAACAUAGAUUUAAAGAGCUGGUUUGUUUUCUCCACUUCCAACAUACGCCAGGAGAUAGAAAAACUAUAGAUGAGUCACACAUGGAUAUGUUAACAGUUCAUGUUUUCAAAAUCUAUCAGAGCUGCAAAUGGACACCUGACCUGACCAAGAUAGCACAGAUUAAAGUAAACCCAACUCUGCAAGGCAAAAUAUAUUUAUGUUUAAUACUAGCAUUGAUCUUCACAUUGUCCAUUUGAGAGCCAAGUCACACCUUUACCUAUAAGGUGUUAAGAUCCUUACACAAUGGCUCUUCUGUAUUGUUCUUACACAGUAAGAUGCUUAUGUGAACCAGCCCCUCAUGUGGAAAACAAAAAAGUUACCACGUCAGAGGAAACUCUAGUUGUGAAUAUUGGGGGGGGGGGGGUUCUCUGACAGUACAUUUCCCCACCUACUUUGUUAGGUUUUCUUCUUCUUAAUGUUUCUUUUCCCUGCCCCCAAUAGAACAAACAGAAGGAGAAUGAAAAAGAAGGAGCAUCAAAUUCAGCAGCUGAUGAUGGACCUGGUGAUGGGUUCACUAUACUCUCCUCCAAGAGUCUUCUUCCAGGACAGAAGGUACCAAGUUAGAGAACAGUACAAUAAAAUUAUGUCCACACUAUCCACACCAAAAUUUGCUCAGUUGACUCUCGCUUUGCAUAUAUUUUAGUCAGGGUUUCCUCAAGAUCCAGGAAGUAUUUUUAUGAAGCAAUCCCUUCUUUUAAGAAAAAAAAAAUCAUGAUGAAGUAGCCACUCUGCAGAUUUUCACUCUAGGAGCUACAUGUUUAAGCUUUCUCCUGUUUAAAACAGGCCAUGCCCCUGCUAUUCAGUCAUGAUUCUUACUGAGGUCUCACCCCUCUCCUCAUUCACAGCAACGAAUAUUCUCAUUCAUUCUCUCUCUCUCUCUCUCUCUCUCUCUCUCUCUCUCUCUCUCUCUCACACACACACACACACACACAGAGAGAGAGAGAGAGACUCUGUGAGAAAGUAUUGCAUGAAAUAGGUAUGGGUUAUUUAUAAGGCACAAAUUCCAGGGGUCUGGGACUGCAUUAGUUUGCACUGCAAUAAUCUUAACAUCUCUGAACACUGUGCUGCUACUUCAUGCACUGUGCUGCAAUACCUCUCCCUAUAUAAACCAACCCGGAUUCUGUGAUCACUAUCUGGGGCCCUGCUUCAUGUGCCUCAAGGGGUCCGGAGGGUGGCAACACAAGAAUAGGCCUUUUCUGCAGUGGCUCCCCGUUUGUGAAAUGCUCUCCCCAGCGAGGUUCGCUCACUGCGUGCCCUCAUUAAAUAUCCUUAUGUGCCAGGUGAAAAUGUUCCUCUUUGACCAGGAUGAUUAAUAUUCUGUGGGUUUUUAAAUGUGUUUGUGGGAAUGGGGCGGGGGGGUAUUGUUUUGUUUUGCUUUUGUUCUCACUAUUUGUUCUUUCUCUGUGAUGUGCACCACCCUGAGAACUUCCAAUGAAGGGCAGUAUAUAAAUUUAAUGAUAGUAAUAAUAGGAAGAUGCAGCUUUAGUAAAAUUGAAAUCCAAAAAUGUUAGGUAUUUCUUGUGCAAACUGAAAACAAUGAACCUAUUAGAGGGGAAGUUAUGUGCCCUUAGUCCAGUUUAUUUCAGGCGAAUCUCUGUAACUAUAGAUACAUAUGCAUAUAGUAAACACAGAAAUCAAGUGCCCUGAUCAGCUGGGGGUGGGAAAGCAGGGUUCUUUCCAUAGGUGAAUGAGUAAUUGUUUCCAUAGGUGAAUGAGUAAUUGCUUGCAUAAUUCCUCCCUGCAUCCAGAUGCUUGCGCUGCAGUCAGAAAACCGGCAGUUAUUCUAACCAUUUGUUGGUUACGGGACUGGAUUUUGUACCCUCUCUCCCAUUACCUCCUUCCCCUGUAUGGGUGAUCAGUGUUAUCACCAGUUAUCUGAUACAGGCUAUGCACACAGAAGCCCAAUUACUGCUGUGCACAUGUGCAGCUGGAUUUGGGCCAGAUUAAUGCAUUACUUGAUUAUAAAGAUAGGCAUUUAAAAGAUAGCAGGGGUUUCUAAUGAAAAGAGCACGUGGUCAUCCUGUAUUUAAAGGCUCUGUUUGAAGUCUGAAAAGUGAGCUGCUCGUAGCCCUAGUUUGAAAGUGAGAGCCUUGCAAUUUGAUAGCAGCUUGGUAGCAAUAAGAAAAUGAAGUACAAUCUGCUUUCUGUUUUAGUAGUUUGGUAUUCAGACAAUUUCACAGCAUCAGUAAAUAAAUGCAAAGUGCAUAGCAGCACGCGCGCACACACACACAUACGGGAUGUGAACAGGCUAAGACUACAUAGGAAAUAUAUUAAAGUUAUGGUUAGCAGCUCACUGAAAGCAUAAACUUGGUUUGCAGCAUAAAGGCAAUUUCUUUGCUGGGAAUGUUAGGAAAGGACCUGAAAAUAGAGCUUCUCAGUAUCCUGAUGCCUUUAUAUGAAUCUAUGAUAUGGUCACUUUUUGAAUCUUAUGUUUGGUUCUGUUUUCCUCAUCUCUAAAAAGUAUCUCUGGAUACAAUCUGCUGGGGUCAUAGAAUAGGAGACAGAUUUUGAUUUUAUGCAAUCCGAUUGCAGGUUUCCUGAAGACAGCUAUUUGGCAUGUUUGAAACAAGAUUCUGUACUUUAUAGUCCUUUAGUCCAAUCCAGCCAGCUUCUUUAUAUUCUUGUGAAUUCUUUCUCCUGUUUCAUUGGCAUCUUGCAGCUCUCUCUGACGCAGAGUGACAUCAGCCAUAUUGGUUCUAUGAAAGUAGAAGGCAUUGUGCACCCGACUACUAGUGAAAUAGACCUCAAAGAAGAAGUAGGUAAGUCUCUAAGACUCUUUUUUUUUAAGGAGAUGGGGAUAUUUGAACCUUUGAAUUGUAAUUGUAACCCUUUUCCAGGGGGGCUGUUGAAGUCUAACCUUAACAUCAGAACUCAAAACUAAUACAACUUCCAUCAGCCCCAGUCAGUGUGGCUAAGCUGACUGGCACUCAAAGCAGUUGUAGUCCAAACCUCUGGAGGUCUCCAGGUUGCUGAAGUCUGAGUUAUGUGUAACAAAAGCCCUUACAGUAUUUGUACAGCAGUUUCCAUCUUUGUGGCAAUUGUUUUAUUUUUAACAGUGAUAUCAUUCAAAUGUCUUGUUUCAAGAUUUCAGAUGCCUAUAUAUCUCAUAACACAAUAAGUUGGUGCAAUACUAUGUUUGCUUUUUAAUUACACCAUCCUAAAGUUGGCUGCAUUUGCUAUGUACUUAGGUUUCUGCUAGUGUUUUAAGAGUUUUGUUUGUUUAUUCUCUUUUAGACACCUCAUAAAAUGAAUUAUCUUGGUGUCUUACAAAUAGAAAAAAUAAAAACCAUAGUGCGAUAAAACUAUAAUAAACUUGAGACAGCCAGCACAAUAUUUAUCUACAUUUUAAAUGGAAAGUUGAGGCACUGGGAGGAGGGGAAAUCAUUUUAUUAAAUGAAUCUUUGACCGUAGGGCUAUAGGCUCAAAACUGAUAGCUGACUUCAGAUUCUAUAUUUUUAUGUGAAAACUCCACUAGUAUUUUAAUAGAAACGUGUCUUGCUUUUUUGCCCCCCAGGUAAGGCACUGGAAAAGUCUGGAGGUAAAGAGUUCUUAGAAACCAUAAAGGAACUCCGUAAAACACAAGGACCUCUGGAAGUCACAGAAGGUAACCUCUUUUGUUUAUUGCAGAUUUUUUUUAUUAAUCAUUUAGUAUUUUCUCCUUACAAAUAUUCAAGAAAUAUUUUUUCUUGCUGUUGUUUGCCUUUGGAAUAGCUUUUCGAAAAAAUGCAUGAGUUAUUUCAAUCUCUGUGGGAUUGCAACAGAAUAAAAACUACCUUAUAUUUUUAUAAGGAAUGUUAUUUUGGUUUGGAAGUAUGAAUGAAUAGCAGGUUUAACAGUUUCAUUUGCCACACUCACUGCAGCAAGUGUGGAGCUGUCCUCUGCGGAGUGCAAGAGAUGUUAAGUCUUAAAUCUAAUUCUGAAGCUGCAGAGCUUAGUGGUUGCACAGUGAUUUUUGUACCCUCCAGAGUCAGAAGGGGGGCUGUGGGUUACACCACAUGGCAACCCUCCCCUCACUGGGUGGAGGAUGGCAAAGGCACCUUCAAGCAGUGGUAUGCAAGCAAGCUUCCCCUCAUCCCGCUGGUUCUUCCUGAGGAAAAGCCAGACAGAGGGAUGGGGGCUGGCUACAACAAUUUUUGGCUUCUGUAGCCAAAAAUUAUUGGUUUCCGUAGCCAAAAAUUAUAGACUUGAUUAAACUGACCGGCUGUUUUUAACGCCUAACAUAUUUGCUUUUUUUCUCCCUUUUUCCCCUCAGCUGCUCUCAGCCAGUCUACUGGUCUAGCAGCAAAGUUUGUCAUUCACUGUCACAUCCCACAGUGGGGUUCAGACAAAUGUGAAGAGCAACUGGAGGAGACUGUAAAGAACUGUUUAACUGCUGCUGAAGACAAGAAGCUGAAAUCUGUGGCUUUCCCACCUUUCCCCAGUGGCAGGUAUGUGGUUUUCUCUGUAAAGCCCCGCCACUUAGUUAUGAAUGUUUCAACAUCUUGUCAAAUUUGUCACAAAACAAAUUUGUAAGUGUGACAUGAAGGCUUGCCAUAUAUUUUUUUUCCUGCCAGAGGUCCUGCACCUUUAAUGACUGCAUAAUGUUCAACUUUUUCAAGUCAUUGCAUCUCUGUGUCAAGGAAAGCAUCGCUUUCUGAACUUCUAGUAUUUCAUGCAACUACUAAAGAGCUUUGCUUGAAAAGAGUUGGCUGCCUUAAUGAUUUCUGUGACUGGCUUUAUAUUUCAAUAGCUGUGGCCUUUUUCAGUGCUGUCCAAGGAUUUAGGUAUGCUAGGUGAAAUGUUAAGAUACUUCUCUCCAACAGUGUCUCCUCUGCCCAGUAGCCAUUCAUCACUUACAUUGUGUGGUAUACUAUCUUUUUGAAUUUCGUUAUGACUGCCAUUGUGCUUUGAGAAGCACUAUCAGCCAGCUUCUCUUCCCAUAAUUCCCUUCCCUUUAUUUCCAUGACCAAGUAAGCUCUACUAUCUGUAUCUUGAAACUACUGUUGUUGAUUCAGCUACAUCUUGAUCUUGAUCCACUGCACUCUUUCCAAGCUUCAUGUCCCUAUGAGCCCUUGCCUGUUAUCAUUCCUCUUCUUCCCAAACAAAGAUUAUCCAUCCUUUAUAAAUAUGUUGAUAUUCCUGAGCAGCAGAUACCCAUUUUUCCAUAAGUCUGUUAGGCUGGUGCAUAUGUACUUUUAUGUUAGCUUGAUCAUAGUUACUAUGGUCCAAAUUUUCUCAAUCCAUUCAAAUAUAGUAGGAGAUACGCUUUUUCUGAUUUUUAGCUGCUAUAAUCUUAGCAAUUAUAAGGUUGAACAUUAUUGAUAAUUUUCUGGAAUAACAUCUUUUAGAUAAUGAGUUGAGCAUUUAUAAAGUACAUUUAGCUCAUAAUUUGGGCUAAUGCUCUUAUGUUCAAGCUUUAAUGUUGAUCUCUUUUCCCCUGUAUAUAGAAAUUGCUUUCCAAAACAGACUGCAGCCCAGCUGACACUCAAAGCCAUUUCUUCUCAUUUUGAUGACUCCAGCCCUUCUUCCUUGAAGAACAUUUACUUCGUGCUUUUUGACAGUGAGAGCAUUGGCAUCUACGUGCAAGAGAUGGCAAAGCUAGAUGCAAAGUAGCAACAGAAGCCAAAUGAAAAUUUAUUUUUCAACAUGAAUAUGAGUAGGAAUGAAUUAGAAGUGGGUUUUAUUUUUAAAAUAUUGUGAGGACGGAGUAUGUGAGUAGCUUUGAAGUUUUGUGAUGGGUGGAGGGCUUUUGUUAAUUGGGGGGGAGAAGGGGAAUUUGUUUGGGAGAAUUUGAUCGGCAGUUAUACCAUGCUUUAGGCACCCUCUACCAUUUUGUAUCACCCCUAAGAAAUUACAUUGCCAGCUCUCUUUACCUUUUAAUGUCUCGAGUUAUUUUAGUUUAGACCUUUUAAAGAUUAAUCUCAUUUUAGAGUAGCAAGACAAUUCAACACAGUGGGUGGGAAAAUGAAUUGUUUGCUCUUUCUUUCCCCACUGGUAGUUAGAAAACCUUGUUAUGUCUACAUUCCAUGUUGGAGAAAGUAAUUUCAAAGAAAACUUCACUUGGUGCUUUACUGUUUUACCCCAGAAUGAACUGUAAUUGCUGAGAAUAUUUCAUCUUAUUUGUUUUUAUAUAAAAAAAGUGGCAUCAUGCUUUUUAAAAACUUGAAACUCAAAACCUUUUCACUUAAGACUUAUUCUCAAGGGAAAGUAUCUUCAGUUUUAUGACAGAGAAGUCUCUUGGAACAAUGAGACCAGUUCCAUCCUAGUCUGUCAUUCAGCAGUGCCACUGGGAAAGAUAUGUGGAACGGACUAUAUUGUAGUUUUGCGCUACUAAAAGACACCACAGAAUCUGACAAAUGGAGGGGGGAUGCAAAUGUACUAAAAAAAGCAACCACGCAGUCACAAAUUGUAGUUGAAUUUCCCCACAAAAAAAAUCAGGUACAGUCAUACCUCAUGUUGCGUCCGCUUCAUGUUGCAUCUUUUCGGGUUAUGUCCCACGGCAACCCGGAAGUGCCGAAAUGGGUUACUUCCGGGUUUCGCCGCAUGCACAGAUGCAGCGCUUUGAGUUGCGGGCAUUUCACAUUACAGACGGGCCUCCGGAACAGAUCCCAUCCGUAACAUGAGGUACCACUGUACGUGUAAGUCUCCUAGAUUUCAGCUGUUGAGCUUUAGGGGAGUACAUAAAGUGCUCAACUUUAGUUGAAUAGUGCCCAGUGUGUUAUACAGUUUAUUUUGAAGUCAAUGUUAGUUCCAUUCCUUCUCAAGAAGACAAAAAUCAGCUUCACUAAACUGCCCACUUCUGCUCUCAUCCAUGAACAAAGGGAGUAAUAUGAUGAGGCACCUUUAUGUUUGUUCUUGAAAUAUCAUCAUCAUCAACAACAACAAAGAGCUGUAUUAUGAUGGGUGAAAGUUUUGAAUACAGAAAAAAGUAGUGCAUAAUGGAAUGUUAUUUUACAUUUAGCUUUUAUCUACUUUGAAAUAGACGACCGUGUGUUGGUGGCAAGGAAAAAUAGGUAUGUUGCUGUCGUUUUAGAUUUUUUAAUCAAAACGAUUCUGCACACACACCCAGGUUUGUUCAUAAAGGUUUCAAUGUUCCAUUCUUGACCCUUAGGUAGAAGGAAAACACUCAACUUGUAAAUACAUUUUUAAAAACAAAAAACUUCACUUUUUGAGGUCAUCAUACUGUAUUGUUUAAGAAACAAACAACUUUCAACACACACAAAAUAUGUAAAGUAACAACAACUGCAGUGUUGAGGUCCUAGGAACUGAUAAGUUCUAAAGCUUGAGCUAUUCCACAUCAUAGCUUACACAGUUUUGGGAGCUGCAUGGACCAACUGCCCUAAACCUUUUGGGCUUGGAUCAGCUAGAAGUCAAUAUAAAUAUAUUCUAGGGGAAAUUGUUUGCUUAAAAGAGGUAGGUUUAAGCUUAAUAUACCAAAAAAAGAUAAACUCAAGCAGACAAGACACACAUAGUUCAAUGAAUACAGCACAAAACAGAUUGUAGGUUGCUACUUCUUUUAAUUCAAGAACUUUCAGAAUCCAUUAUAGCUUAUGAGCCAGAUAGUAAAAAUGAUCCCAAGGUCCAAUGUAAAAUAUAGCCUUGGAUAAGAUAUACAAACCAUAUAUGACAAAAGUUAAGCUUUUUAAAAUUAGUAAUAACUACCCAACCCUUCUUUAAUUGAAAGAUUUAUUCUUUUUUGGCACUGGUCCUGUUACACCUGCAUCUUUUCUUGCAAGCCCCUUUCUAUCUAGCAUGGCAUACACUGACCCAUCUUUCUCCAGCUUUGUGAGACGAAAAGAUCCCUGCUUUUAACUACUGUCACUAAGAGAUGUCCCACGUAGUAGUCACUGAUUUGGCCCACUCCAUCACAUCUUCCCAGUGAAAUCAAGAAUGUGAGUGAUCCUGAAGGGGACACAAAGAUUUAUAAAGCUAUAUUAUUUACUUUAAGUCGUUUAUUUAACCCACAUUUCAUGCAAAGUCCAUAUUCCCCACUCAUAAGAGCUAUCAAGGCCUUGUUCGCACAUUUAAUUAGCAACUAUUAUUUCUCCACCCGAACAAUCCCAAGUAAAAUGCUCGAUAAAGUAUGGAAUGAACCAGCAGUACAAGAGAUUGUAGGAAGUCCCCUAAAAUAGCAGCUUCAUACUCUGGUGCAGUUAUGGAAGCUCCUGUCAUACCCCUUGUAAUGCGCAUUUAUCGAAGACGUGUAAGAGAGACAUGAAGGCACAAAACAAAACUUACCUGGUGUAUAGGUUUUCAGAGGCUUCUGUGUCAGGCUGUUGACAAUGUUUGUCACUGCAACAUCUGCAUGGAGCCCAGCAUGGUAUGCCAUUUUUGGCUCGUUCACAUCAGCACAAUCGCCAAUAGCAUAAAUGUUAUCAUAUCCUUUAACCUGAAGGUACUCAUUCACUUGCAAAGCACCAUUACUUGCCAGCUUGUCGCCUAAUGAUGGAUGAUGGAAUUAAAUCAGUAUGUAGUUCCAUGAACUAUGUAAUUCAGUUUAACCUGUCUUUCUUGGUCUUAUGGAAACCAUGAACUCUCCACAAGCCACAAAACAAGUCUUAUCUAACGUUAUCUUUAUAAUAUAGAUAUAUCAGAAGUGCCCAUUUUAGUAUAUUUUCUUCCAAAGUCCCAGGUCUAAAAAUGAUUAAAAUACAUGCAGAAUGUUAUCUCUCAGUUCAACCCUAUGCACGUCUACUCAGAAGCAAGACUUCAGUGGGACUUACUCCCAGCUAUGUGUGCAUAGGAUGUGUGCCUUAAUUAUCUUCCCAAAACUAGCAGUGGAGGCAGAUACUAUGUGGUAGGGCCAGCUUAUAUGAAUAAAAGGUCACAUUUUAAAAGGCAUCAACAUUAGCCAACAAAUGAAUACUGCUAGUCUGGUGCCUUCUGAAACUAAGUACAAAGUUACAAUUCCAAUUUAUAAUUGAGACAUGAGGAUUGGAAGAACUAUGUUUCCUUAAACAUGAAGUCAGGGUGGGAAAUAACUUACUGAAUGCACCGCUGUAUGCUGCGGAAUUGACUUUUAUCCCAGUGCAGAGAAUCACCAUGUCGGUAACGAUCUCUGUGCCUUUGUCUGUCUUCACUAUCAUGUUCUCUUUGAAUUCGUUUAAAGUCAGUGAUUGCAGGUUUUCAACUUUCUGACCUGUUGUAAGCAGACAAAAAACAAAAACAAGGACACCAUAUGUCACUGAACCACUGCAACAACCGUGCUCCCAUCCUCUUGUGCUUUAAGGUAUUUAUUCCUUGAAAGGAUGUUGGUUGACUUUAAAUUUUAGAACAAGGGUGGGGGAACUUUUUCAGACAGGGUGCUCAGGAAGGCUGGAAUAUGUUAAACUGGACACGUGGCAUGGCCUGCAGAAUCUCACAGGUCAGAUAAAAGAUCUGGAGAACCUACAUUCAGUCCCCAACCCUGUUUUAUAUUUACCGUAACUUAAAAGUAACCAAGUGCCCAGUUCAAAACUUCCAAUACAGUUUUGUUUAAAAAAGAUGUGUUACUAACCCUCCUGGUUAUAAAGAAAAUCUUGGAACUCUAUUAUAUGAGCAACUUCUAAUUAUAAAAAUUGGGUUGGAACUUGGUCCCAGGGAGGACUUCACAUCGUAUACAGCUCCUGAGCAAAAACACAUUUCAGUUAAAAUAAAUACACAAUAUCCUCACCAAGUAACCUGAAGUAAAAGAGGAACAAAGUACAGUGGUACCUCAGGUUACAUACGCCUCAGGUUCCAUACGCUUCAGGUUACAGACUCCGCUAACCCAGAAAUAGUACCUCGGGUUAAGAACUUUGCUUCAGGAUGAGAACAGAAAUCGUGCUCCGGCGGCAGCAGGAGGCCCCAUUAGCUAAAGUGGUGCUUCAGGUUAAUAACAGUUUCAGGUUAAGAACGGACCUCCAAAACGAAUUAAGUACUUAACCCGAGGUACCACUGUAUAAUCUUAUGCUUGCCUACUCAGAAGCAACACUCUCCAAGUCCAAUGGGAGUACAGUAUUCCAACUUACAUGAAAGUUGCCAUAGUAUGUAAUCCCCAUGAACCACUCUAAAUAACUUUUUUGAACAAUGUACAAAAUACAAACACUGUAUGUCCUAAUUUGACAUGUGCAUGAAUGUUAACCAUUUAUGCUACUAAAAGGGGCUCAAUCCUCUUUGCCAAUUGUUCCUGUGUAUUAUUUUAAAAGUAGCUAAAUAAAUUACAUGAGCA